AUGCUUGUAAACCCAGUGGGAUUCUGCAUCGUCUACAGAGCUCUGUUGGCCACUCGGGCCCUCCAUCUGACAGCCCUUUCCAAAGCACUAAAGAGGAUUUCUGGGACAGACGAGCCCCCGCAGGCUGUUGGGGACCCCGAGCCGGCCUUCGGUGUAUCCCCUGCUUUGGCUCCUGCUAUAGAGAACGGUGGAAGGAUGCAAAUAGCCGCUAGCAGGCCCACCCAUAACGGACCUCCAAAGACCCUGCUCACAAGCGUCUCUUCUGACCGCGACUCCCGUUUCAGCGAGGAGGAGCCCCUGAGGUGGUUCCAACAGGAGCCAUUUGCUGCCUGGCUGAAGAGCUUCUGGGCCAGGCUCGAGGUGUUAAAACUGCGCUGGUCCUAUUUGCUGAGGGGGUCAAAGUGCGACCUGGAAGUCUGGGUUCCCCAGUUUGGGAGGUGGGAGGCAGACGGGGGAGUGGGUGGAGUAGGGGGCGGGGCUUGUGGUGAAAGCCAAUCAAAGGCCAGGUUCCACCAGAAGCGGCUGCAUUUGCCUUAUGCCUUCUAUGGUGAAAAGUGGGCCUCCGGGAUGGGUGGUCUCCACCCCUGUUCCACACUGGGGGAUCCCAGCAUCAACUCCUCAGGCUGUGGGGAGCCCAGAUCCAUCGAUCAAUGGACACUUAUUAGGCACCUGCUGUGUUCCAGGCUCUAUCCUCGGGCAGCUUCCAGUGCAGAGACUAAUUUUGAAGUGAAGGAGAUGUCUACAAAGCUGAGCGUUUUGGUGGAAGGAUCUGGCCCACAAAGAUGCAUGAAUGAGGAGAAACCAUAUGAAUGUAAACAGUGUGGAAAGGCGUUUGCAAAGAGGGACCAUCUUACUGCACAUCAGAGAAUCCACACAGGAGAGAAACCUUAUGAAUGUAAAGAAUGUGGAAAAGCUUUCACACAGAGUUAUGGUCUUGCUGUACAUCAGAGAAUCCACACUGGAGAGAAACCUUAUGAAUGUAAACAGUGUGGAAAGACUUUCACACAGAGGGGCAAUCUUGCCGCACAUCAGAGAAUUCACACAGGAGAGAAACCUUAUGAAUGUAAAUACUGUGGAAAGGCUUUCACACUGAGGAGCCAUCUUGCUAAACAUCAGACAAUCCACACAGGAGAGAAAGCUUAUGAAUGUAAACACUGUGGAAAAGCUUUUGCAAAGAGGGACCAUCUUGCUGCACAUCAGAGAAUCCAUACUGGAGAGAAACCUUAUGAAUGCAAACAGUGUGGAAAGGCUUUCACGGAGAGGGGCCAUCUUGCUGUACAUCAGAGGAUCCACACAGGAGAGAAACCUUAUGAAUGCAAACAGUGUGGAAAGGCUUUCACAGAGAGGGGCUCUCUUGCCAAACAUCAGAGAAUCCACACUGGAGAGAAACCUUAUGAAUGUAAAGAAUGUGGAAAGGCUUUCUCACAGAGAGGUUCUCUUGCUGGUCAUCAGAGAAUCCACACAGGAGAGAAACCUUAUGAAUGUAAACAGUGUGGAAAAGCUUUCACACAGAAGGACAGUCUCACUGCACAUCAGAGAAUCCACACAGGAGAGAAACCUUAUGAAUGUAAACAAUGUGGAAAGGCUUUUACAGAGAGGGGAUCUCUUACUGCGCAUCAGAGAAUCCACACUGGAGAGAAACCUUAUGAAUGUAAACAGUGUGGAAAGGCUUUCACAGAGAGGGGCCAUCUUGUUGCACAUCAGAGAAUCCACACUGGAGAGAGACCCUAUGAAUGUAAACACUGUGGAAAGGCUUUCACACUCAGGGGAUCUCUUGCCAGACAUCAGAGAAUCCACACUGGAGAAAGACCUUAUGAAUGUAAACACUGUGGGAAGACUUUCACACAGAAGGGCAAUCUUGAUGCACAUCAGAGAAUCCACACU